AAAAAGAGAAAAGAGAGUCCUACAGUGUAUUGAGGGAGGAGACUAUUUCUAAGCGUUUUGUGAUUAGUGGGUUAAAAAGUUGCCUGGUUAUUUGGCAUCCCUUUCAUUGCUCUUAUGUCCCAAGACAGCCAUUACCAGCACCGACUUUGGCACCUCGAAUGCCCCACCUUAGCGAUUUACCAUCAUAAAUUAGAAUUAUUGUUGGAUUUCGACCUCCCCUCUUCAUUUAUGUUGCCCCCUAAUUGCCCACUAAAUGAUGGCCUACGCCCAAGUUAUAGCGUGGCGGCCGCGAGUAUCGCAAACGGGGGAGGCGAUCUCAGCCUCGCGUGGGGCCGAAGAGGAAUGUUUGGCUGCGUGGGCGCGACCCCCUGGCGUGGGGAAGAUUCCCUGGCCAACGAUUGGCGAGAGCUGGGAAUUCCAUUCCUUUCAAAUGAAUAA